UUUGCAGCCGUAGUAACAGAGAUUAGAAGGAAAAAUAAUAAAAACAACAGUCUGUCAAGUACACGCCUGCCUUGCCGGUUGCCCCUCGCCGGCGGCCUCGUAGCCGGAGCCCGUCCUCUCCGCCGCGCCCGCGUCUGCCGGCUUGCUGGCGAGCUCGCGGGCCAUUGCCGGAGCCCGUCGCAUUGACCGAAUCGCGGGGCAAAACCACCACCAUCCGCGCCAUUGCUUCCGAGCGGCGGGAAAGGAUCGAGGAUCCCCUUCCUUCUGCAUAUUGCGUUGCUUGCUUGCAUCAUUCUCCACCGCCACCGCCGCUGCUGCCCCCCGCCUUUUUCUCUUCCCUUUUGCCGCCGAGGCGCGGUGCGGGCCACCGCCACGUGAUGGAAUGGAAGAGGAGCAUACCGCCGCCUCAGGUUUUUGCUUCUUCCCCCGCGCGCCAUCUUGGUGCGGACGGCGGGAGAUUCUCUGCGCACCCUAUCGCCGCCUGCGGAAGCAAUCUGACUGGGCUAUGCCCAUCAUGUGUUCGACGGAGUGCCGCAACGGCAAGAAACCUUAAGACUUCGUUUUUAUUAUAUCUCCCCUAGGACAGAGGCGGAGGAGGAUCAGGAUUGGUUAUACAUCAGGCCGUACCACGCCCUUGUAUUCAAAACUUUAGCUUAGUGGUUUCUCCGGCAAGUUGACAAGAAAAACUGAUCAUAUCAAAGAUGAGCUUCAAAUCUAUUGACCGGUUAAUUAGGAGGAACAGUAAGACCAAACUUUCUCGGAAUAUUGUUGAUGGUAUUUAUGACCAGAAGGAAGAGCAAUAUGUGCAAUCCUUGAGGGAGUUGCUUCUUGCAAACAACCAGCUUCCCGAGAAGUUUGAUGACUAUCAUGUCCUACUACGCUUUCUGAAAAUGAGAGGAUUUAACAUAGUAAAGGCAAAAGAAAUGUUUUUAAAUAUGCUAAAAUGGCGUGAAGAAUGUGCUGUUGAUGCCAUUGCAAAGGAUUUUAAAUUUGAAGAGUACGAUGCUGUAAAAAGAUGCUAUCCUCAUGGAUUUCAUGGAGUUGAUAGAUUUGGCAGGCCAUUGUAUAUCGAAAGGAUUGGCUUGGUUGAUCUCAAUAAGCUCAUGCAAGUAUCUAGCACUGAUCGAUAUGUAAAGUAUCAUAUAUCAGAACAAGAGAAAACUUUAUCCUUGAGAUAUCCAGCUUGCUCCCUUGUGGCUAAGAAGCACAUAGGCUCUACAACAGCCAUAUUUGAUGUGAAAGGAUUGGGUAUGAAUAACUUUUCAAAAUCUGGAAGGGACCUGUUCAUAGAGAUUCAAAAGAUAGACAGCAAUUACUAUCCAGAGACAUUAAAUCAAUUAUACAUAAUCAAUGCUGGUGCUGGAUUUAGAGCACUGUGGAAAGUAUUAAAAGCAUGCAUGGAGGCAAGAACUUUAGCAAAGAUUCAGGUUUUAGGGACCAAUUAUCUUAGUACAAUACUAGAAGCAGUUGACCCAAGUAAUUUACCAGACUUCUUAGGGGGAACAUGUACUUGUUCUGCAACUGGAGGAUGCUUGCUCCAAGAUAAAGGACCUUGGACUGACCAGGAAAUUUCUCAAGCUUCUAAGGGAGUGUUUGGUAAAGGUCAGAAAUCUUUCGAUGAGAUAAGUACUACAGUUGCCUGCGAAAACUUUCCAGGUCACCAGGAGCCUUCUGUAGGAAAAUUGCAUCCCAUUUCUGGCUGGAAACGUACUCUUGGCAUGUUGUUGAAGGAUAACCAGGUUGGCGAUACGAAUGAAAAUAUUCAACAGAAUAAAGUGAAUGAACAAAUCUCAGAGAAGAUCCAAGAACUUGAAAAUUGCUCUGCUCAGACCCAGGAGGUGAGCAAAGACCCUUCACGCACUACUACAGAAGCAGAAUGAGCUUGCGAACCACAUUGAACAGUUGAGGAAGCUCCUCCGGGAGGCCGCAAAUGCAGACAACAAAGCAAACGUCCUAAUCUUGAAGUGAAAUUGCGUGCUUUCCAGCAGGAAGUGAAACGAGAAAAUUUGAACCAGCAUCGCAUGGUAGAAAUAUUGCAGCAUGGUAGAAAAGAAAUACAGCAAUAGACACGUCGGAUAGUUCUCAGUAAUGAUUCCUUAAUCGUUAGUCCCUUGGCUGGUAAUCUAACACGAAGCAAAUUAAGAAAGCAACCGUACACCAUGAUGAUUUCAAAACGCAAUGCAACUUCUUUGUACACAUGCUGCGUUCUGUUGUACAUUUGUAACGCAUCUUUUCAGAAGGGAAAAUGUUGUAUGUACCACA